GUUUCGAUCGCAUUUCCGACUACUACGUACUGAAGAGGUAGGUAAUGUUGCCCAAAUUUUUUUUGCAAUCGGGAAUAGUUUCGCUAAAUUCUGCAAGGCUACGAUUGUUUACCGAUCUUAUGCAAAUUAGGCGACAGCGACAUUCACCUGGGAGUUCAAAACUUUGAGUUUGCUUUUCAAGUUCUUUCCAACCGGAGUCAGACACUGACUGUGACAGGUAAAAUUGUAAGCAGACAAAUUAUUAUAUAAGGACAUUUUAAAUGUGCACUGGAUAGAAUUGUUGCAUUAAAAACAGACUGAAAAUCGAGACGUAGCAAUUUUUUUAAAAAGAAAGUCUAUAAAAAUAGGCAAUCCAUCUUGUCUUAUUAACUACGUAUGAGCUAGUCUUGGAAGUGCAUGUAAGAGAUCACAAAAAUAACUUCAUUCACUAUAAAUAUAGGCCGAGAAAUUUGUUUUGUUCAUUAACAUAUAUAACCAUUUGAUCGGAGAAAGUACAGAAUUAAGACAUCUGAAUUUUAUCUUGUUUUCAAGUAAGGGCUUAUCGCUAGAAGACCACUGUGUACAAAAGACGGAUUUCAAACUGAGAGUGAUCAACAGACGCAAGGUCACACAAGGAAGUUGACGAAACAAAGCACAAAUACCAGAGAAGGCGAUUCACAUUAACAUAUUUCCUAUAUGGAAGCCUCGAGGACGUCUAGCUUCGUUUUCCUACCAACACUUUUGACAGCCUUGGUCAUUAUGUGCUUGGCGGCUCUACCCCUACAGAUGGCAAUGAUAAUGAGUGGAGCUAAAGAGGAGUGUGCGGUGGAAAACAUGAUCCAUAUUUAUUUAAUCGUGGCGGUGGCAACUGGUCUCUUUGCCAAACGCUGUUCCUGUGGCACACGAUAUCAGUGCAAGAACCAAGGAGAGGAAAAGAGCGUAAACCCACUAAAGGCAGUAGAGCAACAUUUUCUCUUCGCUUGGUUCAUCUGCGGAAAGAUGUGGAUUUACGAAAAACUAAAAACCGAACUACUACGAUCCAGACUCUGAUGGUAAUGACUACUGUAAUAAGACGUUGUACCUGUUUACAUUCAGAGUUACCAACUCUUGCUGCAUUAUAUUCGGUCUGGUGCAGAUCAAGCUAGAUCUGAGUUUGUAUAGCUAGAAAUUGCGCGGCUACGUACCACGUUUCGUAGGGAUAUUGUAUCACCUGAUGUUCUUAGAGCGUCAUGGAAUUUUUAAAUUGUUAGAAAACUGUCAUCAAACAAGUCUGUACUUUAGGUAACGCAGUAUCCACGAAUUGCUUUCUUAUCCUGUAAAUAGUUCUUAUUGUGUGAUACUUUAUUUUUAACUGUAAAUAGGUUUAUAU